GUAUAUACGGACAUACCUGUAACAUACCCUUCCGUCUACAUGGAGAAGUCCGACGCAGAAGUAACCGAAUACUACCAACCGAAGGACUUACAAGUAGGCGAAACUAUCUACAUCUUAGGUCGCCGAAUGCUUCUUGUGGACUGUGAUCGAUUCACUCGAGAUUACUACCAAAAGGCGUUAUGUAUACAACAAAAACCUGCCAUACCGUACAAACCGAAACCGAAAGAGCCUCCACCACGACCGGUUCCACCGCACGAUGGCCUGGGAACUUUGGAGGAUUCGAUUCAAAAUACUAAAUACUUCCUACCACAACCGCCCAGAAAGGACGUUGUGCGUCAACUGCUCAAUGCUAACAAGUAUUUAAGAUACAUUAUGAAAAUAGAUGUCGUACAUCCUGAAGACGAAGUCAGACGGUUCAUUUUGAGAUACUCCCUAUCCGAGGGAACUUGCUACAUAUACGAACCAGUGAUUAGAAAUUCGGGCAUAUGGGGGGGAAAAUAUUUGCGAGAUUCUUUUCUUGUAAAACCGGGAUCAGACCCGUUGAAUCCAGUCUAUUACACUCCAGUAGAUUUCUAUAUCGGCGCGACGAUUAUCGUGCACCAUCAGCGAUUUAUUAUCAUAGACGCAGAUCUGUAUGUUUACCGAUACAUGCAGGCUAAUCCCGAAAAGUUCCCAUGCGACGUGAUCGACAACAUUCGAAAUCACAUGUUCAAAAGUGGAUUCCUUACUGAGGACAUUAGGGAUGAAGUGGAAAAGGAAUCUCAGGCUCAGAAGAAAGCCGCGAGAGACGCCAUUGGUGAAAAAGUGGAAUAUCCCGAGCCUGAGAUGGAUAAAUGUCUGAUGAAAUUAAGGGGUAGUAGUGCUGAUACAGAUCCGGAAUAUGCUACGUUAAAGAGAGCGCAAUUAUUGCAAGAAUAUGAAGAUUCGCUUAUCCAUAAAAAUGUGGUUCCCGAGCACGGUAUCAUGGAUACCAAUCUAACCUGCGCUUAUCCAGUUGUAAUUGGUGAAAAACCAGAUAUUGUUUGUAGGGGAACUGAUGUUGGUCCUGACGCAUUUACACCAAAGCACAUUGAUACACCCGAAGAAAUUCAACAGAAGCAUUAUGCAGAUGUGCUGCGAAAAGAGCGCGAUCUAUGUAAAUACGGUAAACCGAUUGUCUGCCAAAGUCCGGAAGACAUAAACAGGCCCCCCGCCGAUAAAAAACCACUUGAGGAGUCUGUACCGAUUAUGGUUUCCCCCGUAGAUCGUCCUAAAGACGCUUGCAAAGUUAAAAGUGUGCACUUUGAGGACGACGAUAAAAGAUGUCAAACGUAUCAAGAUGAUCUUUGUGAUUUGAAACGUGAGAGAAUUUUUUCCGAAUGUACGCCUUAUAAAAAAUGUUAACAUUUUUUAUUGUACCUACCAAAUAUAUCUAUACCCGAGUCUA